CUCUCUUAAUGUGUAGGUAAAACAAUGUUCUUUGAACACAGAAUUUACCUAAAAUUGAUGUGGUCAAUCCCGUCCCGUAGGUGGCGAUAUGAGUAUAUGUAGUUGCUUCUCAACUCGUUGCUAAAGCCACCGAAGAAGACGAUUGAGCGACGCAAAUAUGGCUUGUCUUUUAGUCAACAAUGAAAGUAACUUCUCUGAAAGCAAAUAACUGUUCUCAUUCACGUCCAGUCUGAAGAAGAAGAUCUAGUACAGUUGGGCAUCAGAAGUCAAAGACUUGUAAAAAAUGGAUCAAGGUUUGUCGUCUGCAAAAGCAGUUUCCCAUCACUUUAUGAAUGGAUGCUUAAAAAGCGAAGAUGACAGUUCACUGACCUUUCAGUCAGACUUUAUUAAGUCAGAAAUACAAGUUAAAGUGGAGCCUGAUCAAGAUGACUCUUCACUGCUUGAUGUGAACGAGCCAGGAACGUUUCCUCGUUCUCAGGGCAAUGUUAAAGAGGAGUUUCUGGACCUUGGCCUGCAAAUCUUACCAGCUGGUCUAAUGCCUCCAGUUGAGAUGGACGAAGAGUUUGAAAUCACAACAAACACACACUCUUCUCCACAUAAACCUGUGAACAGAAGAACUGAUUCAUUAAGCAAAAGAAAAAAAUGUGCAGACAAGCAAAGAACGUCGAGAAAGAGAAAACCAACAGCGCCGGCAGAACAAAUUACACCAAGUAAAAUGAAUUUCAGUGUGUCAAGCGAAGGAAUGAAAUCUUUAAUGCAGGGAAACGCCACACGGCAUCCAGAGAAAGCAGUUUUGUCCACGCUGUGCCUUAAAAAGCCUGCGGCUGAGGUUACAAAUACACUAAGAGAAGAAUAUGAAUCCAUUGCUGCCUCUGAUUUGGAAUCUGAGAUCUCUGAUAGUGAUGGCCCAGAAGAGAGUCAGAAAACUGUCUUAACAGACUUCGAGUUCUCAUCUGAGGAAUCCAGUGAUGAGGAAAGCGAAGAUCGCUUCAGUCGAUGGAGUAAAGGAGACUCUUAUUGGACCAAAUAUCCUCCUGAAACGAGUGAAACCGUGGCGUCCUCACAGAGCUGUCCAGGGCCUGCACCAGGGUCUUCAGUAAAGACACCUAAAGAUGCCUGGGAACUUUUCAUGAGUGAAGACAUCAUUGAUGAGAUCCUGCAAUGUACUAACUUGGGUGGACAAAGAGCAGGAUUAGCUAAAGGCAAAGUGUGGCAAAAGAUCACUAAAGAAGAGCUGAAAGCCUUUAUUGGUCUGAGCCUUCUCAUCGGUGUGGAGAGAAGUUGUGAUGUCCCAAUCCGGGAACUGUUCAUGGAUCCAUUACAGAACCCAGUUUAUAGAGCUACCAUGUCUGUUCGCAGAUAUCAAGACCUUCACAGAUUCCUGCAGUUUGAUAACAAGAAAACCAGAAUGGCAAGAGAGGCAUCAGACCACAUGGCAGCCUUCCGAAAUGUGUGGGACCUGUUCAUGAUCAACUGUAGGAAAAGGUUCAUUCCUCAGGAUUGUGUCACUGUGGGUGAGCAGUUCGUGCCAUUCCAGGGAAGAUGCAAGUUUGUGCAACACUUGCCAAGUUGUCCUACCAAGAGUGGCAUAAAAAUCUUUUGGAUGUGCGAUGCUGAGGUCCCCUACGCCAUUGAUGGUGUCAUCCAUGCUGGCAGACAACCAGGAGAGGAGACAGAGGAGAACCAUGCAGAGAACGCAGUCCUGAGGUUGUCUAAUGGACUUCAGCAAAAAGGUCUCAACAUCACAAUGGACAGCUACUUCACUAGCGUCCCUCUGGCUGAGAAGCUUUUUGACAACAGCUUAACCAUGGUUGGAACCCUUCACCAUAAGAACCCACAUGUGCCACCGAUUAUGAAGCCAUCCAAGUUACGAGCACCACAUACCUCUGAGUUUGGUUUUUGUGGCAAAGUAUUCAUGGCGAGCUAUGUGCCAAAACUAAAAAAGGCAGUGAUUCUGUUGAGUACAAUGCAUACCAGCAAAGCAUUGAAUGAAACAAGUGCUAAAAACAAGCCAGAGGUCAUCCGGUACUACAACCGCACCAAAGGAGGAGUCAGCAAUGUUAAGCAAAUGGCUGAAAAAUAUACAUGCAAGCGCCAAACAAAGAGAUGGCCUAUGCUGCUUUGGUAUAACAUGUUGGAUAUUGCCAUUGUAAACUCCCACUCCAUUUUCAUUGCUCAGCACCCGAGCUUCAUGGGAGGUGGUCAUAACACCCAGCGGUUGUUCAUAAAAGAGCUGGUGAAAGAGCUCGUACUGCCUCAGAUUCACAGGCGCAGAGAAGAAAGCCAUGGAUUAUCCAUGAACAUCCUUGAGGCCAUGGACAGAUGUGGGAUGCCCACAUCAUUGUCAGCUGUCAGUUCUGAACUCCAAGAACAGAGCUGUCAGAACAGAAUAAGAAAGAGAUGUUAUUACUGUCCAUCUGGAAGAGACAGAAAAUUAAGAUCAGUAGAUGAAUGAAGUGCAAUGCAAGUGAGUACAUCAACAACGCCACAAGGUGGAGCACUUAUCAGUUUGCGCUUGCAGACCAACACACCUCAGGUGAGUUAAUAAGUUGUUGUUUUGUUGCUUUGCUGUGUGAGAAUCCUAUAGAUUAUUUAAAAACCCAUCUGGUCGAGUAGAAUGCAGCCUUUGUGUUCUGGUUUUAUUUAUUUCUUCUUCAUUCUUCGUUUUCUUCUUCUUAGUAUUAUUUUCAUAGAUUGAUUAAAUUGAAAACGAAUGUUAGGCCUAAUUCUAAAACUAAUACUUGGUGUGAUUGGUCUUUUUCCAGGUGUUUCAAGAACAUUUCCCUGCGAUCUGUUUGUGGGUCAUCACUUAAGAAUCUCACCCCUGUUGUUAAAUAAAUAAACCCAUUUGCUUACAUCAGCCAAUUGGCUUCCUUAAGGUGUUUAGUUUCACAUAUAGCCCUAACCUCUUGAGUGUGAACCGAUGUCCGUUAAGUUGUAUUGUAGGGGGAUUUUCUAAGGUUUUUCAGUGUUUUACCCCCUUAUAUUAAGCAUGGGAGUAAAACACUUAAUGUACGAUAAAUGCUUAUAAUAUAGAUUGUACUUUGCUAAAACUGCUCUGUAGGAACUGCAUAUUCAGACCUCGUUUAAAAUAAUUUUAGGCUAUAUGAAAAUACGAACUAAGCGAUAGGUAUAUUUUUUAAAU